UCAGCCUCAUCACACACACACACACACACUCCUGCUCCUCUGCUAGACCAAGUGCUAUGGAGCAUCCUGUCAUCUCUCUGGCCAUGGAACAGAGUUUAAUGCCGCGCUCUUUAUGGACCAAUGACAGCAAGUUUCUCCACCAUCAUGCCCCUGAUUUCUUCACCAGUGUCCAGGUUACACAGGACAUACCAGCCGGAGUUUCCUUCGGUCCUUGUGUGCUUCAUGAUACAUUUUAUGACACAAUAGCCUUCAUCGCCUUGAAGUCUUUUGACAGAGGAGGGAAAUCCUAUGUGUUCAGGGUAGAUCCGGAUGCACUGAAGAGCUCUCCGUUAGUGGUUCCUUGGCUCAGGUUGGUGCAGGCUGCUGUGGACGCAGAGGAGCAGAACACAGAGGCCUACCUGAAGGGCGGCCAGCUGUAUUUCCGCACUAUCCGAGACAUUAGCCAAGGGGAGGAACUGCUCGUCUGGUACGAUGAGGAGCUGUCUCAUCUUCUGGGCUUUAGCGACAUUAAAACCAGAGUCCUGACAGAUGGUUACUCGUGUCGGAAGUGCGGACAGGCUUUCAAGCACGAAAACCCUUUUCUAGCUCACUGUCGCUUUUUGUGCGCUCAAGUCAAAGCGGACACACUGCGAGCCGAAAGCGAGCGCAAAGCCACUGAAACGCGGCGCAGCGUCACUGACUUCCACAACAUCGCAAGGGACAUGGAGCAUAAAAAGUCCCCAGACGAUCGGAAAAGGAGGCAUGACGAGGCUCUGGGUCCGAGAUGCAGAAAACCUGUUUUGCUGGAGAAAAAGAACAUGGCCAAUCAUAAUAACGUGUCACACAUGCACAAAGACUAUCCACAUGACCAGGAUUUGACUGGAGAGAGCCUGAAAGCGUCCAAGUUAAAAAGCGCAAAAAGCAGUGCGUUUGCAGAGGUCAAGAAAGCGCAAUCAGAACAGCCGUCCAAGACAGAGGAUAGAACACGGGGAAAUCCAUCAGCUUCGACUUUAGCGCUGGACAGAGAGGCUGCUUUGGGCCUUCAGUCCGACUCCAGUGCCUUUUUGCUCUGGAGUGCGCAUGCGGAUCAAAGGAGCGCUUUCUGCAAACCCGGGAAGUUCAGCAUCACUGAGGACCAGCAGCAUCACACACCCGCUGGCCCUUCGGAGGAUGUUUCAGAACAGGCAGCUUUGGGAUACAGAAACAUGUUGUCCGCUCACUUGUUUCAAGGCGAGACACAAACUGUCUCAGCGGCUCCUCUGAGCGCAGCGGGUUCCUUCCAUUACGCACCGGAAAUGUGGUGCAGGAACAUCAGCGGCCCCUUACAGCCCACCUCCUCUCUCACUCUUCUUCCGCCGAGUCUCAGCUCUCUGGGCGUCACUGUGCAGAACUGGUGCGCUAAGUGCAACCUCUCAUUCCGGAUGACUUCGGAUUUAGUGUUUCAUAUGCGCUCGCACCACAAGAAAGAGUUCGCCGCAGAGGCUCAGGGUCGGAGGAGAAGAGAGGAGAAACUCACCUGCCCUAUCUGCCAUGAGUACUUCCGCGAACGUCAUCACCUCUCACGUCACAUGACUUCACAUAACUGAACGAUGGACUGAGAAAGUUUUUUUUUUUUUUUGGAGUGGGGGGGAUUGU